AUGAUCAGUGACAUCAUAUUCUAUAAAAUCAGGAAGUACUGGGGCGGCCCUUCACACAUACCUGUUUUACAAAUAGGACCUGCUCAAAGGAACACACAAUGGAUCAAGUGGACACAUGAUCAGGAUGUUGCUCUGGAGUGGACCAGACAACAACGUUUCACCUCCUGGCACUUCCGAGAUGGCUGUGAGGUGGAUACCUCCACUGGGGUCCUGACGAUCUCAAACCUGGCUCUAAACGACAGCGGCAGCUACACGGCGGAGAUUAAUGAUGAAGUCAUGAGCACAACGGAAAUCAUUGUUAUCACCACUGUCCCUAAUCCUACUGUGUCCACAUGGUGCCACCCUGAGAUGACCUACUGUACUCUCACUUGUGAACCCAACGUGACAGAUGAUGCCAAACCGAUCACCUAUUACUGGAUGAUAGGUGACAUGGUGAAACAGUCUCCAACCAGUCAGUUCAACAUCACACAGGCAAACAGAGAGCGUUUGAUAAGCUGUCAGCUGGAAAACCCAGUCAGCUAUGGAUACAGUGAAAAAAUCCUGAAUCCACUCUUAAUCAGGAAUCGGGCUUUACUGAGCUUACCAUUUGUAUGGAUUCUGGUGUUCCCGUUUGGCCUUAUUUGUUGUAAAUGCUGUUGUUGUACCCGCAGGACCCGAAGACACCGCUCCUCCACUGCUACCAACACUGUGAGAUAGAGCAGUGCUGGAUCAAACUGUGAUGAUGAGGAUGAAGAAGAGUUGGUGUUGCAUAAACCACUGGAGAAAAGUCUGCUUUAACUAGUCCUGGAAAUACAGGAAGAGAAUAAUACGGAGGCUUCGGCGGACAAACAAACCCAAAACAAAUAUAUGUGUAUAUAUUAUGUGUAAUAAAUAGUAGUAAUAAAUAAAAGAAUAUAUAGCCAGAGAUAUUUCUAUUAGGAAAAAAAGAAAAUCCCUUUGGGCAAAAUUACAAUGUUUUUUAUGUCAGAUUAUGAAUGUCCAUAAUGUGUUGUACAGAUAAAGUUCCAGAAGCAUCUUACUUGUAAAAUCUUACUGGGGUGAAUGCCAAACUUGAGAGGUUCAUUCUUCAUGUGUGAGGACAAACAGACAGGAUUUAAAUACUUUGUCAACUUUAUAAUCAGCUUAAAUAGCCCUCUAAGUCUAUGUGAUAUACUGUGUGGUAUAACAUUGAUGUAUUAAAGUAGAGUUGGUAUAAACUGUGGCUAUUUGCAAACAUAUUUCAUGUUAACACAUCACAUUUUGCAAAG